CGGAGGUAGGGCCGCGUCGCAUAUACCUCCAUGCAUGCCUUCAGACAUGACUCCGACAUACGACUUCAGACCUUCUGCGGACGGGUAUCCUUCCCCGGCAAUGUCCGAGCAUCUGGUGAGCAUGUCCUGCGAUGCCCCGGAUACUGAAGCCAUUCCCUCUCCGCAGUGUGGCCAGGGCGCACCACCACCCCAUGACGCACAGGCUCUUGCGGCCUCCUGUCCUUCAAGUACGACGGGACGGGCAUUCGGGCGAAAGGCACGUGCCGGUCGGCAAGGUGCACCUCAGUCCCCGGCCAACGAUGGUGAUACCGAGGACGACGACGAAGGAGGGAAGCAAAAGAAGAAGCCGUGGUCUUUGGAGGAGCGCAUGGCGCUCGCAAGAUACAUGCAAGAGGAUGACGCUAUGAUGGUGGCCGCCCAACCAAGACAAAAACACCAGCGACGAUCGUUGAGGAAUGAUUGGGUGGCGAGGCGGAUGAAGGAGGAUGGGUACCACAUAUCGGCUGAGGACGUGCGGAAGAAAUGGGCCGCCUUGCAAAACAAGCACAGGGAGAUGAACGACAAGUGCGGUGGGUCUGGCAAGCCGACAUUCUGGGACAUGUCGCCCGAGGACAAGAGGAGGGGGGGUUUGAUGUUCCUUUUUGAAAAAAAGUCGUAGACGAGAUGGCGUGGUUGCAGGGGAAGAGGUCAACCAUGUGGGACAACACAUUGGAGUUGUCCACAUUGCCUGGUCCAGAUAGCGGGGGUUCGAAGAAGGGAACCUCCCCCGCCGCCCCGAUGGAAGAUUCCGAAAGCAGCAGGAAGUCCCGCCGAACACACAAAGGGAAAACAUCUGCGGACGAAGGGUGCACCUCUUCGAGAUCCGGUUCACGGUUUUUCAUGGAGGACUCCACGCGCGCUCUCUAUGAUGGUCUCGGGAAUGCGGCGGGGACUCUUGCAAGGGCCAAUGCAGAAGGUGCACAACAAAUGGCCACUCAAAUC